CUGAUAGGAUACAUGGUUGGCCAUAAACUAAGUUGCGCACAUACACCGUUCACAUCGGCUUGAUGCAAGACAAGCUGGAUGUAUUUAUACAGUAAACGGAUUGGAGGUCAGGGAGAGAAAGGGAAAAUAGAUCACAUCAAAAUCAGCGAAACUGUGAAUCGAAGACUAUCAUAUAGAUAACGUCCUAAUAUUCAUAAUAUCCCGGGCUGCAGCAACCGGAGUCAACGAGCCUAAAAUGCCCCAGCUGGUGACCUCUGACAUGUAAAUGGCGUCCAAAGUGCGAGAUGCUGUGGUGUGGUACCAGAAGAAGAUUGGCGCUUAUGACCAACAGAUAUGGGAGAAGUCUGUUGAACAAAGAGAAAUCAAGGGCCUGAGGAACAAGCCGAAGAAGACAGGCCAUGUGAAAGCAGACCUCAUUGAUGUGGACCUAGUGAGAGGUUCUGCUUUUGCCAAGGCCAAGCCUGAGUCUCCCUGGACGUCUCUGACCAGGAAGGGUCUUGUCAGGGUGGUGUUGUUCCCCUUCUUCUUCAGAUGGUGGAUCCAGGUCACCUCCAGAGCCAUCUUCCUCCUCCUCCUCCUCCUCUACCUGCUACAAGUGGCUGCUGCAGCGUUAUUCUUCACCAUUCCCCAGCCCCACAGUAUCCCGACCACAGAGGUGUUUGGGGCGAUAUGGCUGAUGCUGUUACUGGGGACAGUGCACUGCCAGAUCGUCUCCACACGCACCCCCAAACCCACCAGCAGCAGCAGCUCUGGCAAGAGAAGAAGGCGUCUAAGGAAGGCCGCUCACUUGGAUGUACAUAGGGAAGGAGAUGGCUCUAGCACCACUGAUAACACCCGGGAGGGCGGCCCACACUGCCACGGUGCCGCCACCGGCUCACCUUACAGCCUGUGCAUCGCUCUCUUCAGAGAUUUCUGGCAUGAUAUCUGUAAAGCGCGGUCGAAGAAGUCCAAGCUGUCCAUAGACAAGUCCACAGAGACAGAUAAUGGCUAUGUGUCUCUGGAUGGGAGGAUAACCUGUAAGAGUAGUGAGGAGGGGCUACAGCUCCAUGAUGGAGGGUCUCACCACUGUGACCUGCUGCUGAGGUCAGACGAGACGUGUUGGGCCGCACCCCCUCCUCUCAACACACUGCUGCUUCCACCUGUCACCAAGGAGACCCAGAGCCGUGGUGUGGGUGUGGAGAACAUGUCUGAUGAGGCGUCUAGUGAGGAGGAUCCUGAAGCGUCCUACACCGCCAUCCGUAGGGGUGUAGAGCGUGUCAGCAGCGACUGCACGCUGCGCAACAGGAAACCACAUCACUACAAGAAACACUACGCCAUCAACACUGAGGUGGGUGACCUCCACACUACCCAGGAGACUCCUAAGUCCGGUACCAGCUGUAGUUCUCGGUGCUCCAGCCUGCGGACCCAGGACUCAGAGAGCACCAGACACGAGUCAGAGACAGAGGACCUGCUGUGGGAGGACUUCCUGCACUGUGCUGAGUGUCGCUCCUCGUGCACCAGCGAGACAGAGGGCGAGGAGCUGCAGUGCCCUGCUACCAAGAAGGAGUACAGAGAUGACCCCUUUCACCAGGGUCAUACGUGGCUACACAGCACCAACCCGGGUCUGGAGCGGGUCAGUGCCAUCGUCUGGGAGGGGAACGACUGUAAGAAGGCUGACAUGUCUGUCCUGGAGAUCAGCGGUAUGAUCAUGAACAGGGUCAACCUGUACACCCCAGGUAUUGGCUACCAGGUCUUUGGUAACCUGGUGUCAGUGACUCUGGGCCUGACGCCCUUCGCCUACAGGCUGUCUCAGUACAAGGACCUGGAACAGCUGACACAGCUCUCGGCCAAUGAGCUCAUCUCUGUGGCGUUCGGCUCCUCCUCCGACGUCAUGGUGAUCACCAUGGUAACGCUCAGCUUCAUGGUGCGCGUCUGUCUCAUCUGGCUCUUCUUCUUCCUGCUCAGCGUGGCCGAGAGGACAUACAAACAGAGGCUGCUAUUCGCCAAGCUGUUUGGUCACCUGACGUCGGCACGGCGAGCCAGGAAGUCGGAGGUGCCUCACUUCCGUCUGAAGAAAGUCCAGAACAUUAAGAUGUGGCUCUCUCUGCGCUCAUAUCUCAAGAGAAGGGGUCCUCAGCGGUCGGUGGAUGUGAUCGUGUCCUCUGCCUUCCUCCUCACCCUCUCCGUAGUCUUCAUCUGCUGUGCUCAGGUCAGCUUGCUCCAUAUCCACCACACCUUCCUGGAGUGUCACUAUAACUGGGAGCUGGUGAUCUGGUGUUCCUCUCUGUCUCUCUUCCUGCUCCGCUUUGUUACCCUGGGCUCAGAGACCAGCAAGAAGUACAGCAACACCUCCAUCUUACUGACAGAACAGAUUAAUCUGUACCUGAAGAUGGAGAAGAAACCAAACAAGAAGGAGGAUUUGACAUUGGUCAACAACGUACUGAAGCUAGCCACCAAGCUAUUGAAGGAGUUGGAUGCUCCGUUCAGGCUGUAUGGUCUGACGAUGAACCCUCUGCUCUACAACAUCACCCAGGUGGUCAUUCUGUCUGCUGUGUCUGGGGUCAUCAGUGAUCUACUGGGCUUCAACCUGAAGCUCUGGAAGAUCAAAUCAUGACAGUAAGCUGAUCAGGUCACAGCUGGCUCUGGAAGAUGUGAUACAUUCUCUCACCACACAGGGGCGCUGUUGUCCUUUCGCUCACGGACUGACUGGGCUUCCUUGUAUCUAUGGUCUGACGGACAAACAGCCCCAUUCUCAGAGUGCUUACAUUUCACUUGUGCAAUUCAAGAUAUAUUUAUUUUACCCUUUCAGUAUUUUUUUAUUUUUUUUUGUUGUUGAAAAAGUUACAACAUGUUAUUUUAAGCUAUACAGGUUUUGUGUUCUCAGAGGGACGGGAUCAAAACACAGCAAGAUGACAAUUCAGUUAAUAAGGUAAAAGAGUUCCAUCCCUUCAGACUAGUAAGGACAAUGUGCAUUAUAAUGCAGCUGUUCAGUUUGUUGACUGUGACACACAAACGCAGUCAUUUCACUGUGAGAACUGCAACGAGUAGUUGUUUCCGAUCAUAGACGGACUGUAAUAAUAAUAAUAAUGUGUUUUAAAGCCUACAUACACACAAACAGGUUGUACUUUCUGGUCAAUUCAAUGUAGGCUUUUUUGUUGUUGCUUUUGAUGACAACAACAGUACACCAAAGUUCAGAAUAGAUGAACUAUGUUUCUGUGUGUUUGGCGUUUCUAAUGAUAAGCUAAGUGACGGCUGUAGUGGAGAGAUAGAGGCAGGAUAAAACACAACACAUCACUCAAAUGAUUGGUGAGAAAAUAGGUGAGGUACUGUACUGGCUAGAUGGGAGGUACUGUACUGUACUGGCUAGAUGGGAGGUACUGUACUGGCUAGAUGGGAGGUACUGUACUGGCUAGAUGGGAGGUACUGUACUGGCUAGAUGGGAGGUACUGUACUGUACUGUACUGGCUAGAUGGGAGGUCCUGUACUCUAUUGGCUAGAAGAGGUACUGUACUGGCUAGAUGGGAGGUACUGUACUGGCUAGAUGGGAGGUACUGUACUGUAGUGGCUAGAUGGGAGGUACUGUACUGGCUAGAUGGGAGGUACUGUACUGUAGUGGCUAGAUGGGAGGUACUGUACUGGCUAGAUGGGAGGUACUGUACUGGCUAGAUGGGAGGUACUGUACUGGCUAGAUGGGAGGUACUGUACUGGCUAGAUGGGAGGUACUGUACUGGCUAGAUGGGAGGUACUGUACUGGCUAGAUGGGAGGUACUGUACUGUCUAGAUGGGAGGUACUGUACUGGCUAGAUGGGAGGUACUGUACUGGCUAGAUGGGAGGUACUGUACUUUAUUGGCUAGAUGGGAGGUACUGUACUUUAUUGGCUAGAUGGGAGGUACUGUACUUGCAAGAUUGGAGGUACUGUACUGGCUAGAUGGUAGGUACUGUACUGGCUAGAUGGGAGGUACUGUACUGGCUAGAUUGGAGGUACUGUACUGCAUUGGCUAGAUGGGAGGUACUGUACUGGCUAGAUGGAAGGUACUGUACUGUAUUGGCUAGAAGAGGUACUGUACUGUCUAGAUGGUAGGUACUGUACUGUCUAGAUGGUAGGUACUGUACUGUCUAGAUGGUAGGUACUGUACUGUCUAGAUGGUAGGUACUGUACUGGCUAGAUGGGAGGUAGUGUACUGGCCAGAUGGGAGGUACUGUACUGGCUAGAUGGGAGGUACUGUAUUGUAUUGGCUAGAAGGGAUGUACUGUACAGUACUGGGUGGAUGGGAGGUACAGUACUGUACUGGGUGGAUGGGAGGUACAGUACUGUACUGGGUGGAUGAGAGGUACAGUACAGUACUGGGUGGAUGGGAGGUACAGUACUGUACUGGGUGGAUGAGAGGUACAGUACUGUACUGGGUGGAUGGGAAUAUGUAAACCUAGCCAACAUAUCUGGGUUAGUAUUCUCUAUGUCAAAUUGAGACAUCCAGGCCCGCUAGCCAAAACGAAACGGUGUGUAACUGAACAUUGUUAACUAUGUUACUCGUAUAAUGCUCAUUUGGGGGGGAGGUGCUUAUGUUUGUCCUGGUACACACUUGUACAAGUCUGUAAUGGAAAUGUGUUUCUUACAUACUGAGACCCUGAGGGAGUGGGGUCGCGACCUUUUAGGGUGAUACCUUUCAGUAUUGGCUUCUGUACUCCCAACCCUAUUUUGUAAACCAGACACAGUGACGUGUGCAGUCUGGUUGAAAUACUGCUAUUCAGGCCUGUGAGCCGCCAUCACAACCUCGUCAACAAGUUGAUGUUUUCUCGCCCUCCUUCCCUGUUUACUGUUUUACGUUGCAUGGUUUUCUCACAGUGCAUUUGAGUUAUUUCCAUGGUUAGACUGUAUUUCAAGCAACAACUCUUUUACUCAACACACAACGUGUUUCUAUUACAGUUAGAACAAAGAGGUCCCAGGUCUGAGUCGCUGUUCGCAGGGUCGCUGUUCGCAGGGUCGCUGUUCGCAGAGUCGCUGUUCGCAGAGUCGCUGUUCGCAGGGUCGCUGUUCGCACGGUCGCUGUUCGCAGGGUCGCUGUUCGCAGGGUCGCUGUUCGCAGGGUCGCUGU